AUGUCGAUCUCACUCUUUCGAACCGUCGCGCUUCGACGCACACCCACGGCCACCGCGGCGCCUCUCUCCUUUGGCUUUCGUAACAUCACGACCAGCCCCGCUGUCCGUUCCGCCGUAAAACCAGGCAGCGAAAGUGAAGCCAACACUCCUGGCUCCGGAUCCACGGAAGAGAUCGCCAACAGCGAAGGCGCCUACGACGGCUCGCGCACCUCCCCUCAAUCCUCCUCCUCCAAGAUCGAAUCCGAAACCUCUGCCGACAUGUCCUCCUCCUCCGCCGACGCCUCCACCUCCGCCGCCCCCACCAAAUCCACCCAUCAAUCCGACCGUCGACCCUCCAAACAGCAACACCCCACCCCGGACAAGUCCGACUUUGGCGCAACAGAGGCCAGGAAACAAGGUGGAAGAGGUUCCUCCAAAUCUCAAUAA